UGAUAUCUGCAGAUGUGAUUGGAAUGGCCUACAUAUUGCUAAUAGUUUGGUUAACAAUUUCCCAUAUGAAAUCUGGAAGUCCCAUUGACAGUGGCCUUGCUUAUUUUGAAUUCUACAGUGAUAAGGUUAUAUUAUUCCUACUAUCUACUGGUGCUGCUGCAGGAUUAGGAGUUACUGUGGAAUCUAACAGAGUUGAGGGGGAUGACAUUACCCCUGACAUGAAAAUUUUUCUCGACAUAGCAAAUGCUUCUGCUAGCUUGCUUUUUCUUGGAUCUAUUUCCUCUUUUAUAUCCUCUAUCAUUUCCUCUCUCAAUCUUCCAAAGAAAUCUUAAUAUGAUAAUGUUGCUUGGAUUCUCUAAAAUGUAAUUGCACUCGUCUCGAAUUUUCUAAAGUUGCAUAGCUUUUGAAGGAUUCACUCCACACCCGAUGAUAUAUUUGAAGAGUUCAAGCAACACAAAAGAUUAGGAACACACAAAUUGCAAACAUUUGGACCAUGCUAGCUAAUGCAAUUCACAAUAUGUUUUUGUUUUUCUUUUUCCUUUUUUUUUUAAAAUUUGAUUGUUUUCUUGUUGAAAAGCCAUUGAUGAUAAGAUAUGAAUAAAUUGCAUGCCUGAGAAUGGUGUGGCAUGUUUAUGAAUUACUGACGGCGUGAAUUUUUUAUAUUAUCAUUGUAAUUUUACUUGUUAUAACAAUUUAUUUAUUUAUUUUGAACCCACUUAUGAGAUUACACUGAAUAUGUUAUUAUAUACGAGUUAUUUGCUUUAUUUUUCAGGUUAUCAAAUUAAAAUUGUUACUUGAUGUUAUAGUCCACCCCACCAACCUAAAAAUAAGGAUGAUAUAAUUAAAGAGAAAUCUCAAACUAGGUGGAGAGAUUUUGUGGCAUCAACAUUUUAUUUCUAU